AUGAUUAUGAAUGAAAUAUACAGUGCAUAUUUAGCAUGUGAGUUAACUGUGGCCAUAUGUGACUUGUUACUUGAAUCUUUAAUGUUUCAAGUGGAUCAACUUCCCUGUCGACAUGCACUGGUAGUAAUAGCAACAUUGAAGCUGAAUGUAUAUGACUUUUGCUCUGUGUAUUACACAAGAGAUGCAUAUCUAAAUACCUACAAAGAGACUGUCUUUCCUGUAGGUAAUAAAUCAGAAUGGAAUUUGCCAGAUGAUGUAAGUAAUAGAGUUGUUUUUGCUCUAAACCAAAAGAAAAGUUCUGGACGGCCUACUAAGAAGAGAAAGAAGUCAGCAUAUGAAAGAUCACAAGUUGUGAAAUGUGGAAGAUGCGGUGAAUUCGGGCACAAUCGUCGAACAUGCAGGAACUUGGUGUCACUUAACCAGAAUGACAAAAAAUGA